AUGUUUUAUUUCUGGUCUUGAGCUAAUGACAGCAGCAUGUGGUUCAUUCAACAUGUCAGUUGAAGCAGUUAACCGUGUCUUAAGCUGGUAGCCUAAAGAAAACACAAAUGGAAAAACCCGAAUCAAGUAGGAGACCGCCAGCCAAGAGGGAGAGUUGUCUCCAACGUGAAGACAGCAAGAGACAGCGUGUGUCCACACUUGCCGAGGUGUCGGGAGGCUUGGAGGGAAAGAGUUCUGGCUUUCUUCGCACGAGUCUUAUUCGGGAGCUGCGAAAUGUGCUGGACGAAUACCCGGAUGAUGGUCAGAUCCUGAAGGAAAUGAUACAAAAUGCCGAGGACGCAAGGGCGAAGUGUGUGAAGAUCCUGGCGGACAGCCGGACAUUUCCCAGUGACGAGGACACACAAAGAACAGAGGGCAAUCCAUAUCUGCAGUUUUUUCAGGGACCAGCACUGUGUGUGUACAACAAUGAGCAGUUCCAAGAAAAAGACUGGGAAGGUAUUCGCAGGCUACACACCAGCGUGAAAGAGAAAGAUCCUCUCAAGGUUGGCCGUUUUGGUCUGGGCUUUAAGUCAGUGUUUCACCUGACAGACCGCCUGGUGAUCAUCAGUGGACAGUUUAUGAUGUUCAUGGACCCCUUUAAAGGGGCCAACGGCGACUGUACCCGACAACGCCUGGCAGAGAGGAAGAGCAGAGAACUCCAAUAUUGUCUGGAUAAAAUCUUUCUCUCGGAAUUUCCUCGCUCCCAUGGCGCAGACUUUGACUCUGACUUCUUCUCGGGCACACUGUUCUGGUUUCCUCUGAGGCAGCAGAAGAGCGAACUGUCAGACACACUGUACACAGAGAAAAGUUUAAAGGAUCUACUGCAGGCCUUUAAAACCGAGGCAAGCUCCAUGCUCCUCUUCUUACAGAACUUAGAGAGGAUCGAAGUGCACGAACGAGACUACACAGGAACAAAGCCAGUAUUCACAGUAGAAUUGUCAGAGAAGUGCGUGAAUGCUGUGAGGGCCGAGAGGUCAAGGUUCAAGAACAGCAUCCGAGCAGCCAGCGAACAGCUGCCCCUGGCGCCUGUGUGUAGCAGGUCAGAGGUCGAGAUGCAGCUGUCGGACCUCCAUGGUCGGUUCCAGAACAAGGAGCGAUGGCUGGUGGUCAACUACCUCGCGGGCAGACAGUCGGCAAGCGAGCAGCUGCUGAGGCUGUGCAGGGACUCGAACCUGUGUUACCAGCCACACGUGGGCGUAGCCAUGCCUCUUGGAGGGCAGCACAACUUCAGAGUCACCUCUUCUGUUUCCUCCCACUGCCCCUGGAGAUGACAAGUCCCACGGGACUGCCUGUGCACGUCCAUGGCUUCUUCGCUCUGAGUCAGAACCGCAGACAUAUCAAGUGGCCCACAGCCGAUCAACUCAACUACCAAGCCCACAUGGAGCCCUCCCUUGUGUGGAACCGCUUGCUGGUGACGGAAUUACUUCCCUUAGCGUAUGUGGCACUGCUUCACAGGCUCCAGGAGAUACACAACAGAACCCCAGAGAACUUCUAUAAAGCCUGGCCGGAUAUGACGAGAGUGGGCUGCCGAUGGCAACCCCUCGUACGAACUCUGUACCAGACCUUGUCCAGGGACACAGUCUUCCACACGUCAGUGCGUCAGACGCCUGGAUCCCGCUGUCCAAAGCUGUGCUGCAGAAGUUCUCGUCCUCCACGGACCCCGACGUAGUGCAAGCCGUCAUCAACAUCUACAUCAUCAACAGAGAGAGCCUCGUGCAGCUGCCAAGUCACGUGAUGUCAGGGCUGGAGCAGCUCAGGUUGCUCAACUCUGCUCAGACCAUCACGCCCCACCACGUCAGCGAACUCAUCCUCACAUGCCAUCAACAGCUCGGCGACACAGAGAAAUUGCUGCUGCUGCAGUAUCUAUGUAGCCAUGGCAACGAGGUGCAGCUUCUGCUCGACCGGUGCUUGCUACCCCUUCAGAACGGAAGUUUCGGGGUUUUCCGUCGUCGUGGAGGCGGCGAUGAAGUCUUCUGGUGCGAGGACCAGAUGCAGGAGUUGUUUCCAGGUCUGGAGAACAUGAUGUGCCGCAGCUCGGUGUCGGUGACCGUUAAGGACCACCUGAAGCGUUGGCAGAGUCAUGUCAUUUUUCGCUGCGGGUCUUGGACAAGACAAGCGGAGACGUGGCAAGGUUGAUGGAGAGUGUACAAAAGAGACAUGGCCAUUCCUCCCUCACUCCACGUUCACAGGAGAGCUGGAUGCGACACGUCUGGACUUUCCUUCAAAGCACACCCCCAUGGAAUACUGAUCUCUCUAAAUUAUAUCACUUAAAACUAUUGCCAUGUUUAGAGGGAAGUCAGUUAAACCUCCUGCAGCUGAAAGGAAUCUACAUUAGUAUUUCUGCACCCGGAAUGCCUGAACUAAACAAGACAUUGUCCAGUUCCCUCUCAAAACUUGGUAUUACAGCGGUUUUCAUUGCCAUCGUAUGUUUCUGACCACAAACAGAUUCUGGGUGGCCUUGUCCAGUACCCGACAACACGUGGGAUCUUAGCGGCACUUGAAAAGGUCAGCGGUGACCCCGUGCGAGGUGAGAAAGCAGACCGGGAUUUCAACACAUCAUCAACUGAGGCUGAGAGAGAAUCCAUCAGAAAGUUUAUUGCCAAUGCUGAGCAGCUCGACCCGCAGAGAGUCAGCAUUCUGACAGAUUUACAACUGUUCACUGACAUGAAACGCAAACAGUUGGUCUCAGUCAGACAGGUAAACACCAUUGGGCCACGUGACCUGCCUCCAGUCCCACCCCCGUGGUCACUGCUGAGAUGUGACGGGAGCGCCAGGUUCGCUGCCUUGAAGCUUGGAGCAUCUGAAGUGAGUUUGAACACCAUCGCGGAGAAAAUUCUGAAAUCCAUCCAGGAAAAUGGAUAUUCAUCGUCAGAUACAAAGAAUUUUAUGGUAUAUUUUCUCAACAAUUAUGAAUUAAUGGCAAAUAAAAGUCUAACUGAUUUGGCAAGAAACAUUCAAUUUGUUCCAUCUUCUUCGGGGCAUCUCUAUAAACCAAGAGAUCUUUAUGAUGCUCAAAAUGGCGUUUUAAGAGAAUUGUU